CGGUGUAUGUGUAAUAUAAGUUAUAAUAGAGUGCAGAAAGAGUUUGCAGAAGGAAAUCCACUCCGCGUUUUACCAGCAGCAGCGGCGGGCGUUAAAGAGCCGGGACAGGCGAUCCGAUCCGUGCCUGCGGCCGGAGAGAGAGAGGAGCUGAACUUACACGCUCCGGUUCAAGUGCAGUUUAUUAAGACAUCAUGGCAGUGUUUGGAGUAAAAAGUUUCGACCGGGCUUCCUUGUGAGUUUCUAGCAGUUUGACCGACUUAGCCAGUUCGCUAAGUAAACAUGUUGAAGGACCAGGCGUCUUCUACAGGCGUGCAGUUGGAGGAUUAUUAGCAGGUCAGACGCUCCAACUGUCUCUCCGACAUGCUCAGGAUUUAUUGGACCGGACACUAAAAUAAGGGGUCUUAAGUUCUAUUUUUGGAAGAUCUUCAAGCUAAAAAUUGCCUUAACGUCGCUUCCCAUGUGUGCUGACUCACCUUUUAACCCCUUCACUCUCGUGCAGCUUAGCUAUGCCUCAUUCUGUCAAACGACCAAAGAAGGCACACCCCCCAAUAAAACAAAAUGUCAAAAAGUUGAACUCAUUCACUGGUAAAAGGCGAGCAGCGAACGCAAAAAGUCGGAUAGGGCCAAAACGACAAGCAGUAACCAGAAAAUCCAAAGUAAAGAAACAGGCAAACAGGGUGGUCCAAAGUAGUGUCAUCAGCAAGGUCACAAAUAAAGCAAGCAAAGGGAGAGCAAGCAAGACCAACACAUUUAGUGUUUCAGGGUCUACCAGAUGCACACGUAGCUGUCAGACCCAACACGGCCUGUUUGCAGACCUUGCUGGCAGAAGAAGGUCCUUUCGUGGCAGUCAGUUGUCGCAGAUUGUCCUGCAGGAAGUGAAGUCUCCCAGGAGGGUGGUCACAAAAAAGACCAGCCAAGGCCAUGAGGCCAGGGAACAGGAUACUAUAAAAAACACAGAACCUUCUGAUCCCAAAAGUGAUGACCAACAAAACGGGGUACCUGUUCCCAACAUAGGCCACCCCCCCUUUACUCCAGGUUCUGAAGAAAGGAAAGUGGAGGAGGACAGAGAAUCAUUUGUUCUCAAGGCUGCUAAGGUGGAGGAGGAGAAGGCAGAGGUCACCUCUGAAGUGGUAGAAAGUGAAAACAAUCCUGGGCCCAUUCAAAACACUGACAAACCAAGCACUGGGUUGAGUGAUUUGCUUACAAAUGCAUUUGACCCAAACCUUAAAGUGGACUUUGUUUGCACACUUAAUACCUCAGACCUGACCGUAUCCACGCUUUCACAGUCAAAUGAUGUUGAUCCUCAAAUAACUCCGCAAGAUUCUUCUCAAUCAGAUGUCUUUCUGGUGCCCCCUUUAAAUACAUUUGUUAAUGAAUCAGCAGCACUUCAACACACUUCAGAUCCCACUCAUCUGAUAGAAAGAGAGCAUCAGUGCACCUUAGACACGGAAACCAAAGAUGCAAAUGACAAUGACGAUGAGAUGUACAUCAAAAACGAAGGAGCGCUCACACUCCUCUCAUUGAGGACAGGUUUAUACUCCAGCCCUCAGCCUGGCCUGGACUGUGAGUCUCAAACGACAUCUUUUCUGAAUAAACUGUUGAGCAGCUCGGAAAGCACCCAGUCUUCUUUUGACACGGAGUCAGAGGUGGGAGGUUCAGGACUGGCUCCAGGACCUGGGGAAGCACGCGCCUUUUCUCUUCACCAGCGUUUGCCCCAAGAUCAGGAGAGAAGAGAGAGAAAGAAGAGGAGGAGAUGUGGAGCAUGUGUGCCAUGUCUUCGCAAGGUCAACUGUGGACAGUGCAGUUGCUGCUUUAACCGAAAGACCGGUCACCAGAUUUGUAAACUCAGGAAAUGUGUGGAGCUGAAGAAAAGAGCCUCUCCGGUCUCUGCUGAAGAGGUGAGCUGCAAAGAUCUUUUCAAACCACAGAAAAGGGACAGAGUCUCCAAGGUUGAGUCACAGGGCAUCUCAGUAAAUGGCACAAGUUCAGAGCAGAUGGAGGAGGAGGUGCCAGAGGACGGGGCAUGUGAUGUAUCUCAAGAACACUCUGCUCCACCUGACUCGCCCACUUCUCUCCAGAACAGUCCUGCACCAACACCAGCUGAGAGCAAGCUUCAGCCUGCUGUCAGCCACCAUGCACUUCCUACUCACCAUGACUCUCACAAUGGUGCUAAACAUGUAAAACCAAACACUGAGAAACAUACAGAUCACACCAAAACACAGUUUAAGCCCCAAAGGACUUUGAACAUACUCACCAGCAUUCAACCAUCUGAUGCACCUCCUGAAAAGAUGGAAAAUGGAAAGAUCAAAAUAGAAGUGGUGGAGGAUGAACACUUUACAUCCCACUCAGGUAGUAAUGUCUACUUUGAAGAUGCUUUGUCUACACUAGCAGCUGUAGUGUGUUCCUCCAUGAAUGAUAGGAAGGCUUUGGAGGAGAAGCUAUUUGGUCAACAAACCUCAGAUGUCUGUUCUUUUAAAAAUGAAAGAGAAGAAUCAUAUCAGCGUGAUAUACACCAAGAACAGACUUUUAACAAUCCAGAAAAAAAUUGUAACCCACAGCUUAAAGACUCGGAUGCACGGUCCUUUUCCAAUAUCCAGUCUUUUGUUUUUAAAAGGAACAUAAGCAUUGAUCAGGCCAUAGCUAUUGAGGCCUUAACCCAGUUGGCAGCUACUCCAGAAUCAGUAUUCCAGAGUCAAAACCUUCAGAAUGAAAGCUCAUUGUAUACAAACAUUGCAUCAAGCAAGCCUGCACCACUUCAAGAAGCUAAAUCAAUACCAGAGGUUGUUUCCAAUAAGGUCCCAGUAAUUAGUUCAUCAUUGUAUCAGACACCUGUUAUUUGCAGUCCAUACAACAGGCAAGAAACUUCCACCCACCGCAGCAUGCCCCACAAACUCUCAAUACAUGACCUCUUAAAGGCUAGCUCAGAAUGUGAAAAAAUCUUGCACACCCAAGAUAAUGGAAAAUUUAAUCAAGCACUUUGUAAAACAGAGAGGAUCGAUGGCACUUUCAAAAAGAUCAAACAUGUUGAUAGAACGCAUAACUCAAGAAGGAAAGACGAAGAAGAGGUAGCUGCCCAGUUGGUGCAACUUGCAUUCAUGAUAGAAUCACAACACAAGCCAGUAUCUUCUGAAAACAGUCCACCCAAGGGAACGCCAGUUCAGACCAUAAAAUACAACCAUCACGCCAUUGGGCAACAUUUAAAAAGGCAAAACAAAACAAAGUCAACCUCCUCAAGUCCAAGGAUAUCAAAAAAGAAAGCCACUGCGAAUGAGGGAGGCAAUCAUAGGAUACCACUAGCCAAGAGAUCACCCAACGGCAAAGCACUUCUAAAGAUGAAGGGUAAAAUGGAGGCGUUGCAGCAAAAAACAAAAUUACACUCCAAACGAAAUCCGUUUCUGCCCCAGACGCAAAUAGACUUGAAAAAGUACCUAGGACAUGCUAAUAAUGAAUAUAGGCGACUUUUCAGCAACUCCCACAAGAAAGAGCACUUAGACCUUCAGGCUCUGAUGAGCUCUGGAAACCAGAACACUCAGCAUUUUAAAGCAGACCAUGCAGCUCUGGGUCACUGCCAUGGCAACCAGUGUCAACUGAAUGGACAUUGUCAUAGUCUUACAAAUGGUCACCUAGGUGCUACGCAAGGCCAGAGGCAUGAAUGUGAAGAACGUUUUAAUUCUCAGGUAUCGAAAACCCACAGUGUGCUCAAUCAUGGUGCUAAACCUCAAGCCCCCUGUGUCAUGCCUAAUGUCCAAAGGCCAGACUCAUCAACGAGUCCAGGGAGGCCACAAGUAAACAGAUUCAACUAUGAGCCACGUCAGGCUUUCGUUGAUCAGAACGGGUAUUGCAAAGUAGAGACAUCCGGCUCUCUGACCGUGUUGUCUGUGUCUGCUAAACAUAUGGAAAAUGGUGAUGGAGAAUGUCCUGGAAAAAGCACUCCCACCAAGCACAUGCUCAACAGCUUUUUGGAAUCUCCUUUAAAGUUUCUGGACACACCAGCCAAGAAUCUGAUCAACACUCCUUCAAAAAAAACAUUGGACCUCCCCUCCUGUGAAUGUAUGGCACAAAUCAUUGAGAAGGAGGAGGGCCCAUACUACACACACCUUGGAUCUGGGCCAACUGUAGCUGCAGUACGAGAGAUGAUGGAGAACAGGUAUGGGGAGAAAGGCAAAGCAGUUCGCAUGGAAGUGGUGGUAUAUACAGGAAGAGAAGGCCGGAGCUCACAGGGUUGUCCAAUAGCCAAGUGGAUUAUCCGUCGGGGCAGCGAAGAGGAGAAGCUCCUGUGCCUGGUGCGUCAGCGUGCAGGUCACUGCUGCCAGAAUGCUGUGUUGGUCAUCCUCAUCCUAGCCUGGGAGGGCAUCCCACGCAGCAUGGCUGACGGACUGUAUGAGGAACUCACCAACACCCUCUACAAAUACGGAUCGCCCACCAGCCGCCGCUGUGCCCUCAAUGAGGAUCGUACCUGUGCUUGUCAGGGUCUGGACCCAGAGACUUGUGGAGCCUCAUUUUCUUUUGGCUGUUCAUGGAGCAUGUACUUCAAUGGUUGCAAGUUUGCACGUAGCAAAGUGCCCCGAAAGUUCCGGCUGCAGGGUGACUACCCUGCCGAGGAGGUGAAUCUUGAACGCAAUCUGCAUAAUUUGGCAUCAGACGUGGCUCCUGUGUAUAGGAAACUUGCACCUGAGGCUUAUGAAAACCAGGUGGAGCAGGAGGAGCUGGGGCAAGACUGUCGGCUGGGCACGAGAGAGGGUCGUCCGUUCUCUGGUGUGACCGCGUGUGUGGACUUUUGCGCUCAUGCUCACAGGGACACACAAAACAUGACCAACGGGAGUACUGUGGUAUGCACAUUAACUAAAGAGGAUAAUCGGGCAGUGAGAAACAUUCCAGAGGAUGAGCAACUUCAUGUCCUGCCUCUCUAUAAGAUCUCGGAGACUGAUGAGUUCGGGCAGGUGGACGGCCAGAGAGCUAAGAUUGAGAGUGGAGCCCUGCAGGUGCUCUCCGCCUUCCCGAGAGAGGUGCGUAUGCUGGCUGAGCCCGUCAAGUCUGCGCGCAAGAGAAGACUGGAGGCCAAGAGAGAGCGAGAAAAACAGAGCAGCCAGGAAAAGAAGCAGAUCACCCCAACAAAAAUGAAGAACGAUCCUCUCAGAGGCUAUAAAAGCACUUUGCAAUGUUUUAAAAUGGAGCCGCAGAAUUACUGUCCCCCUAUGCGAGUGACUCCAGACAUGGACACACGCUUUUUAAGUGAUUCAUCCAGCCCUUUCAGCAGUAUGAACUGUACUCCACAAGUGGGCUCAAGUGAACACACUGCAGCACUUUCUCCUUACUCUCACUGCAACCCGCCUGCCCCUCCACAGUUUGCAGAACAGAAGCCUUUCGAAAGCCACCAGGAAACGCGCGACUCCUUGGAAACCGAGUCCCAAGGUUUUAGUGGCUACCAUUUUGCAGUAAAGACAGAAUCCAAGGAGGUGCACUGCCUCCAGGGUGGAGCUUCUCCGAGACCACUCUCCCCAGCCCAAGCCAAGGGUCUCCACAGCCGACUGAACCAAGCACAACCAAGCCUGGAUAACAACUACCACCAAGGACUUCCCAUAACUUUCCGACCCCUGACCCCGGAAGAGGUUAAAGCUGAGGAGCUAUGGUCAGACAGCGAACACAACUUUCUGGAUGGGGAUAUCGGUGGGGUUGCAGUGGCCCCUUCUCAUGGCUCCAUCCUCAUUGAGUGCGCCCGACGCGAGCUUCACGCCACCACCCCUAUCCUACGGCCUAACCGGAGCCACCCCACCCGCAUCGCUCUCGUCUUCUAUCAGCACAAGAGUCUCAAUGCACCAGGCCAUGGCCUGCUCCAGUGGGAGGCCAAAAUGGCUGAAAAGGCCAGGGAGAAAGAAGAGGAGGCUGAAAGGCUGGGAUAUGAGGCUGUAAACAUGGGAAGGUCAAAAGUAAUUAAGAGAGAUUCAGAAAGUGAAGAGGAAGAUGGGUUGCAAGAUGAGAGACAGGAGCUAAAGGUCCCUACUCGGCAAUCACUAACAGCUACUCGAAACAACAUCAUCACAUCAUCCCCAUACGCUCUUACUCACGUCACUGGGCCUUAUAACCGCUGGACAUGACCGUGGCAAUGCCACUUUUAGCUAAUGCCUUACCUCAGUCAGAUCUCUCUGUUUUAAUACAUGCUUUUUUUGUGUUACGAUCUACAUCUCAGCUUUUCAAUGCUGACUACAUUUGUCGGUUUUUAACUGUGAGUUUGGUGUCUACAUUUUUGAACAGAUGGUGCUCACCACAGAUGUUUUAAAAACUGGUUUUAUACAAAGAGAUGGAAUUAGUGCAUAGAAGAUGUGACUAUUUAUUCUGAAUGUUUUUUUUUUGUUUGUUUUUGUUUGGGGUUUUUUUUUUGGGCAACAGUUUGUAUUUAAUUUUUGGUCCAAGCCUGUUUACUGCAAUAUUACUGUGUCAACCUGAAAAAUUAUGUGUAUAGUAAACACUCAGAAUUGACAUUGUAAAAUGUGACCUAUUCUUUUUGCCUCAGCUUGGGUGCUCUUGUCAAAAAUGUUCAAUGGUUGCUGUUUUAUGGUGCCAUUGUGGCAGUAACUUUGAAUAACCACACAAUGACAUACAUUACUAUUUAAAAGUAUUGUGACACAGUUGGUUGAUGGAUAGAUUUAAAGAUGUAGCAUUGGUUUUAUCAUGUGAUGAAGGUACAUAGAUGCUGAAUUAUUCCCAUUACUCAUUGCAUUGUUAGAAAAAAAAAAAAGCACUUUGAAGCAACUUGACUUUUGAAAUGUUCCGUAUGCACAGUUGUUUUGUUUUGUUUUGUUUUUAAUGUGACCUCCUUCAUUUAAUAUCUGUAUAUACGCUUUACAAGUUGGUUUGGAAACCCAUUCAGGAUUUUUUGAGACCAUGCUUAUGAAAGCAAUAAUCAUGGAAGGUUAAAUGCUGCAUUUUGAUAAUGUGUAGAAUUUAAAACAUUUUAUUACUGGAAUUUGCAUAAAAUACAAUAUUACUAGGUUACCCAAUUGUUUAGUUUUUUUUUUUUUUUUUUUUCGGCUCCCACAGAGUUUGCAACAAGACUUGAAAACAGCAUUUUAUAUAAUCUGACGUAAUAAUUUGUCACAUUUGUGUGCUAAAAUGCAUCAGUACUUUUACUGUAUGUUUCUCCAUGGUGCUUUUUCGAAGACCUGCUAAACAUCAAAGUGAUAGUAGAUCUCUUUUUUUUUUUUAUUAUUAUUAUUAUUAUUGAUUUACAAUGUUUUUAUUUGAAAUAAAUCAUGCCAUGAUUUACAACUAGAAUUUUUUGUAAAUGUCUGGAUAUUAGGGGUUUUGUUUUUCAAACCGACAUUUCUGUCUGUUUGUUAGCCUGCUAUUCCAUUGCCUGAAAUGGAGUAGGUUACUAUACUCUAUGUUCAUAAUGUUCACUGUAGAAAUGCUUUCUAAUUUUUAUAUUAGAUAUUUGUUAUUGCGAUUUAGGAAGCCUAUGUUUUUUCCAGUCUUUUUCCUUAAGGUGCUUAAAGUUUACUGUGUAAAUGUGGUAUAUUAUGAUGUACUUCCAAAACUUUUAUAUUGAAAGCAUUUGUGUCUAGAAAAAAAAAAAAAAGACAUUUCUUCAUGCCAGCUGUGUAAAAUCAUCUUUUAUAAUCUUUUUCCUUACAGCGAAGGCAGAGAACCUUCUUAGAAAAACCCAAUAGGACCUUUUAAAGACACAAGUGGCAUGGAUAUAUUCAUUUUAGUGUAUGUUUUCAAUUAAAGCUACUUUUGUUGAACAAGGAAA